CAAGAUGAUUGGUAUCAAUGGUUAAUAUAAUAUGUUUUAUAUAUGAUAUAAUAUAAGUUUUCAGUUGAAAUAGAAACUGAAAGUUAAUAAGGUUAAAUUGGAAACUUAUUUCCAAUAGAAACUGAAAGUUAUUGUAAUGACUUAUUUAAAAAUACGAAUUCCAAUAGGCUAUGUGUAAUCAUAUUAUACAGUAUGUGUAUUGUUUGAGUAAAACGUACACGUGGCUACAUUACAUCGACUGCAUUGUUGUUUAUUUAUGUAUUUAUUUAUUUUAAUUUAAUAUGCCUACUAGGGUCGCAUGGUAUCUUAAUGAAAAAGCUCGCCACGGAUGUUUGUUUGUGACGCAAUUAACUGCAUGUAAAAUAACUCGUUAUGACGUCACACCGCGUAACCGCUACCGUGGCUGUGCGUGGUUUUCAGAAGUCUAUGAAUUAUUAAUAUCACCGCUGAACGCGGAUCGAGUUUAACCCACAUCAGCCACAACAAACGCAGACACGGUAGCACAUAAACAUUAUCAGGAUGAGUGACAUCAGUCAAUCAAAGAAGUCGGACAGCAGGAAUCAGGUGAGCAGAGUAUCUUGCCCACAGGUUUCUCCACUUUGUGCACCACAUUACUCUCAAACAAGCUCAAAUGGCACAGAUCAACACACAUCCUAUCGUAUGAUGAGCCACUACCUGCGUGCCAACAUCUUCCCCGGGCCUGCAGUGGAGUGGUCCUCUCUGGUUAAGGACUCGUAUGUCCAUCAUCCUCUACCAGCCUUCAUCCAAGAUCCAGACCACUGGCACGGUCACAAAACCGAUGACUUGGUGAAAUGGACCGAGCAGAACUUUCUCGACAAAAGACUACAUAAGCUGCUGAAGGAAGUGGAGGUCAAGGGUGUGUCCAAAUAAGCCUGACAUUUGGAGCGCAUUCGAAAACCGCAGCAAAUAAACAAUCGCACCUUCAGAA